AUGCGCGCACUCUGCUGCGGCUUCACGUCCAUGUCAAGAUGUGGGGUCGCUUCAUGUGUCGGUUUUUGUCCGGGGGCACGGGGCAGGGACCAAGGGUCAGGCAGAGUCCCAGACCCGAAAGAGUACCAGAUGUACCUUAAGGAGUCCCGGAAGAGGAAGGUACUCUUUCCUGGGAUGCUGCAGCCAGAAAAGCUAAGCCACAAAGAGUUGGCUGACAUGAUGAAGACAGCUGUGCUGUACCACAAUGGACCUCUGGUGGCCCUGAACAAACCUCCGGGACUAGCAGUGACAGGAAAACCAGAAGAACUUACAUUGCUCUCAGUCCUUCCAGAAGUAGGCCAGCACCUGGGACUCAGUCAGGAGCUUCAUGUUGUCCGAGCUCCAGGAAAGGAGAGCUCAGGGCUUGUCCUCCUCUCCAGCUGUCCCCAGAUAACAAAAGCCUUCCAGAAUUUCUUCAGCCACUCUCGAAGAGCUCAGAAACCCACAGUGACCUACUGGGCUGUGACUGUUGGGAUCCCAGCUGCUUCCAAAGGUAAAAUCCAAGUUGCCCUGAAGCUGGAUCAAGUUGGGGGAAUGGAUCUGGUAGUCCCAGUGAAGGCCCCAUCUCGACAGACCUUAAAGGAGGGUGUCAAGGAAACUCUGACCCACUUUUUUGUUCAGGACUCCACAUCUGGCUGUGCUCUGGUAAAGCUCCAGCCGCUUACAGCAUUUCCUAGCCAACUUCUGGUGCACAUGAUGCUUCAGCUAUGUCCUGUGCUUGGGGAUCACGUGUAUUCUGCCCGAAUUGGCAGUGUCCUAGGCGAAAACUUCCUGUUGCCAGUGGAGACCACAGUGCCUCAGACACAGGUCCUCAAUGAGCUGCUCCUCCGCCGCCUCCAAAUUACUGCAAAGGAGACGGCCCUUCUACCCCUCCACCUCCACCUGCAUCAAAUCCUUCUACCCCAAACCUCCGUGGCCCCCAGAGUGCUCAUAGCUCCCUUGCCUCCUUUCUUCUCACAAACCCUAUGGAACUUAGGGCUCCAAAUGUCAGAUCAGCCCAGGAAGAAAUAGCACAGACAACAUUCAAGAUGGCUCAACGAGACAGAUGUUUACUGCCUUUGGGGAAGGUCCGAGUGGUGAGGGCUGGGGAAGAUGGCCUUCCUCCUUGUCUGGGGAGCAUGUGUCCAGUCCCUCCUCCGUCCUGGCCUUUUUGGCCUAAAAGAGGAAGGUGGGCAGAUUCUUCCCCUGACCCUCGGAUCCCUGCCGAAGUUAAGGCAAGCUGACUUCCUACUGAGUAGUAGUUUGGUGACCCUCUUUUUCUAGAGGAAGGUGACUCCUCUCAUUUAUUCUCUGGAGUUUGGGCCCACCUCAGGAAAUUUUCAGCUUGUAUUUCUCCUUGCCCAUUAUGAACUAUCCCUAUCCCCUAUUUCUGUCUCUGUUGCACAGUGACUGUUCCCUGUGAACUGCCUUCUGCUUCCUGGGCUUGACACCUCUCACAGAAGUGCUCCUUUAUCACGAUCCCUGAUUAGCUUUUCCCCUCCCCCUCUACUUUUCAGCCAGCCAGGCCUGGCAAUCUGUCCCACCCCUGCCCUAAUUACCCCAGCAGUAAACAUGACAAAAGCAGUA